CCAAAUCCUGAUCCAGCUUUUUUUAUCCAUCCAACUAACAGCCUCCCUCCAACCCCCCCUCCUCCUGUCUAGAUCCACCGCCAAAUGAUAAGCGGACUUAACCGAGAAAACUCCAUCAGCCGUGUUAUGCCAAAUGAGUUUGUCAGCAAUAUUCCGCCGCGGAAGAGGAAUAGACUUAAUGGCUGCGCAUGUCGAAGGGUCAAACCACAGACUUAACUUAGCAUCCGACCACCUACCUUCCCCUUCGCAGAUGAGCUCCGCCACCAAAGGAUCCCCCCUCGGGCAGAAUUAACGGAUUAUAACUUGGGGCUGCAAGCUGGCAACCAGGGAUCCAGUUAGACUGGUGGUUACCAAUAUAUUUGACAACCGAAAAGUAAACAAAUAGGAACCCAAAACAAAAUUUGCUUUGGAUGGAUAUAAGAUUAUCAGUGGGCAACAUUUUCCAAAACUAAAAUAUCAACUGCAAAUAAUUGAGAUAUGAGAAUGACAUGUGGGAACAAACAACUUGAUUGCAUUAAUGUCUUGUCAUGUUAUGUCCAAUUCCUACCCAUUACAAUACAAUCCAUAGAACUCAAGAAUGAAUGAAGAGAUAAGCUAACAAAUUUCCAUCGAAACCGAAGCCCCAAUUUGAAUUUUGAAGCAGAAACGUACAGAAAAGCAAUGGGCUGUAACGAGGAUCAACCGGAGUUGCCGAAGCCCCACGCAGUUUGCAUCGCAUUCCCUGCACAAAGCCACAUCAAGGCCACUCUCAAGCUCGCCAAGUUACUCCACAACAGAGGCUUCCACAUCACAUUUGUCAACACAGAGUUCAACCACAACCGUUUCCUCAACGCCAAAGGUCCCCAUGCCCUCGACGGCCUCCCCGACUUCAAAUUCGCCACCAUCCCUGAUGGCCUACCAACUUCAAACCUCGACUCCACCCAGGACAUUACCAGCCUCUGCAACUCGGUCCGUCACUUCAUGAUAGCUCCUUUCAGGGAGCUCGUAGCCAGGCUGAGCGAUACCAACAGCCUCUCCAAAGGCAACCCGCCAGUGAGCUGUGUGGUGGCCGAUUCGUCGCCAUUUGCUAUCGAUGUCGCGCUAGAGUUUAGUCUCCCUUCCUUGAGCUAUUGGAGCCUCGCCGCUUGUGGCUUCAUGGGGUGCGGGCAAUUCCGCACUCUUUGUGACGCUGGCAUCACUCCCUUCAAAGAUGAAAGCUAUUUGACUAACGGAUACCUGGAUAAGACCAUAGAAGUGCCAGGGAUGAAGAACAUACGACUCAGAGAUCUGCCCAGCUUCUUCUGCACGACCAAUCCUGACGACCCGAUUUUACGCUUGGUAAUGGAAACUGCAGAAUCAGCCGCCAGAGCUUCGGCCGUGCUAGUUCACUCGUUCGACGCCCUCGAGCCAAACGUCCUGGCUGCGCUCAACUCCAUCUACCCUAACCGGGUCUACCCGGUCGGACCCAUAGAGCUCCUCCUGAAUCAAAUCGGAUCCACCCACCCGACCCUCGACGCAAUCAGCUACAGCUUGUGGAAAGAAGACCCAGAGUGCCUCCGUUGGCUCGACACCAAACCGCCAAACUCUGUCAUCUAUGUCAAUUUUGGAAGCAUCAUAACGAUGUCGAGAGAGCAUCUAAUCGAAUUCGGGAUGGGUUUCGUGAACAGCGACGUUUCCUUCCUCUGGGUCAUCCGGCCCGACCUGGUUGCCGGAGAAUCGGCGGCGUUUCCGCCUGAGUUCCAGGAGAAGGCUGACGAGAUCGGGUUUAUCUCUGGUUGGUGCCCGCAGGAGGAAGUUUUGAACCAUCCGUCGGUUGGAGGGUUUUUGACGCACUGCGGGUGGGGAUCGAUGUUGGAGAGCUUGACAUCGGGAGUUCCAGUAAUGUGCUGGCCUUUCUUCGGCGACCAGCCGAUGAAUUGCAGGUUUGCGUGUACGGAGUGGGGGAUUGGGAUGGAGGUCGAGAAGGAUGUGAAGAGGGGGGCGGUGGAGAAGCUGGUUAGGGAGUUGAUGAAUGGGGAAGAGGGGCAGAAGAUGAGGAACAAGGCCGGGGAUUGGGGAAAAUUGGCUCGAGAAGCUACUGGGCCUGGUGGAUCGUCGGCCCUCAAUUUAGACCGUUUGGUUAGCGAGGUUCUUCUAGCGAAAUGAGGAGUUGGGUUUAUUGGAUUGGUUUUGGGCUUGACCAUGAAAAAUUAGAUUGAUGUAAGUGACGAACAUGAAAAAUGAUAAAUAAAAAAAUAUCCAAACAUGAAAUUUAUAAGCGUAGUUAUAGUGAUUUGCGGUAGAAUUUAGGGCUGGUAAUAUAGGUACGGUUUUUGGGUAAUCGUAAUAGAAUCACAAAUGAGCG